GCAAGCGGCGGUGGCCGGAGGGACUAAGCUGCACUGCCGCCGGCGACCUGACCUUUUCCGUCUGUCGAUCGUGCCACCUCCUCCGCCACCCGGUUUCGGGCUUCUUCUUCUAAUUAGUGCUGUGAUGGCGGCGUUGGCUCUACUUUUCACGGCGGCGGCGGUGGUGGUGGCGGUGGGAGCUCUGGUACUGUUCCUCCUGCAAUGGAGGCGCCGCCGGGGAACCUACCAGAGACGCCUGCCGCCGGGAUCGAUGGGGUGGCCGUACAUCGGAGAAACUCUGAAGCUGUAUAAUCAACACCCCAAUACGUUCUUUUCGAUAAGGAGGAAAAGGUACGGGAAUAUAUUCAAGAGUCAUAUAUUGGGGUGUCCAUGUGUGAUGAUUUCGAGCCCUGAGGGUGCUAAGGUUGUCCUGGUGAGCCAGGCUCAUCUAUUCAAGCCCACGUACCCACCCAGCAAGGAGAAGAUGAUCGGGCCUGAGGCACUGUUUUUUCACCAGGGGGAUUAUCAUUCCAGGCUCAAGAAACUCGUCCAGGCCUCCUUCAUUCCUUGUGUCAUUAAAGGAUCUGUCCCAGGAAUCGAAAACAUUGUCCGAAGUUUAAUUCCCAGAUGGGAACACUGCACCUCUCCUAUAUGCACUUUAAAGGAGAUGAAACAGUAUGCAUUUGAGGUGGCGAUUAUUUCAGUGUUCGGAAACAAGCCUGAGGCUGAGGCGGAAACGGAAGGGAUCAAAUGCUUGUACCACGCGCUUGAAAAGGGGUACAAUUCGAUGCCUAUUGACUUUCCGGGGACUCCUUUCUACAAAGCCAUGAAGGCAAGGAAAUCGUUGAAUGAGACGUUGAGGAAACUGAUUGAGAAGAGACGACAGAAAGGGGAUGCUGGAGAAGGGCUUCUGGGAGUUAUGCUUACAGCCCAAAAUAAUAAUAAUAUUAAUAAUAAUAAUAAAAAUAACAAAAAAGCAGAGCUGAGUGAUUCCCAGAUUGCUGAUAACAUAAUUGGAGUGAUCUUCGCAGCACACGACACGACAGCCACUGUGCUGACGUGGGUUCUCAAAUACCUCCACGAUAAUCCCAAUGUCUUGGAAGCUGUCUCGAGGGAGCAAGAGGCGAUUCGACAGAAACUCCAUGAAGAACACAGACGAGGGCUUACGUGGGAGGACACAAGAUCCAUGCUCCUGACCACAAGGGUGAUACAAGAAACACUUAGAAGUGCAAGCAUUCUGUCAUUCACGUUCAGGGAGGCAGUGGAAGAUGUGGAGUUUCAAGGAUAUGUAAUCCCCAAGGGCUGGAAGGUUCUUCCUCUAUUCAGAACCAUUCACCACUCUUCUGAUUUCUUCCCACACCCUGAAAAAUUUGACCCCACAAGAUUUGAGGUGCCACCACGAGCCAACACGUACAUGCCUUUCGGGAAUGGAGUGCAUUCUUGUCCUGGAAGUGAACUUGCUAUUCUUGAGAUGCUCAUACUCCUCCACCACCUCACCCUCACUUACAGAUGGAGAGUGGUUGGAGAAGAUGAGUCGAUACAGUACUGUCCAUUUCCAGUGCCUAGAGGAGGAUUGCCCAUUCAGAUUUAUCCCACAAACCAGACAGAGAAAUAAUAUUACACGCUAUCUAGCUAGCUCCAUCAACCUUUAAGGCUACCAUGACGAUGACGAUGACGAAGAAGAGAAAAACACGUACAUAUAUAAAUAUGUAUAUGCAUGUAUGCAUGUAUGUAUAUAAGUUGGCAAAAAAAAUAAAAAAAAUGACAAAAAGAUAAAUGUGGGGGAACAACUUCAAGAUUAGUUCCCCAAAAUGAUAGUCUAUCUACAUCUAUAUAUAUUUUUUAUAUAUGUAAGCACGAGAGUUUGAGACCCAUAUAAUUCUAUAUAUAUAUAUAUAUUUAAA